UAAUAACAUUAUAACAACAGUCUCGACUGACUCAAGUGAAAGAGGUCACUAAUGAGGUGUUAUUGUCUAUCUUUUAUCCUCUUUAGACAGUUCACUCGGUGUAUGAUGCGGGUUAUUUGAGACAAACAGCCCGCACAUUCCUCCCCCCCGAAGAGUGUGAUCGUGGCGUUUGGAGUCGGGGGGCUGAGGAGGGGAAGCGGGUUCCGGCGGGGAUCGACCCGAGCCCAAGGCCUCCGACCUCGGCCAGUGAGAGGAGAAGCGAUCCGGCGGCUGCCAUGGAGCCCCAGGAGUCCCAGGACGCUCCGGACGGCUUGGAGGAGCAGCGAGCCUUCAUCUGUGCCUCCUUCAACCAGGACACCACUUCUCUGUCAGUGGGCACAAAGACCGGCUACCGGCUGUUCUCCGUCACCGCUGUGGACAAACUGGACUGCAUCCACGAAGGAGAGUGUCCAGACGUGUACAUCGUGGAGCGGCUGUUCUCCAGCAGCCUGGUGGUGGUGGUCAGUCUGUCCAUGCCCCGCCGGAUGAACGUCUACCACUUCAAGAAGGGCACAGAGAUCUGUAACUACAGCUACUCCAACGACAUCCUCUCCGUCAGGCUCAACAGACAGAGGCUGGUGGUGUGCCUGGAGGAGUCGGUUUACAUCCACAAUAUCAAAGACAUGAAGCUACUCAAGACCCUGCUGAACACCCCCACCAACCUCACAGGUCUCUGCGCUCUCUCUGUUAACCACAGUAACUCCUACCUGGCGUACCCCGGCAGCGCCACCAUCGGAGAGAUCACCGUGUACGAUGCCAACAACCUGAGCACUUUGACCCUGAUCCAAGCCCACGACAGUCCCCUGGCGGCCCUCGCCUUCAAUUCCUCCGGCAGCAAACUGGCCAGCGCUUCAGAAAAGGGCACCGUUAUCAGAGUCUUCAGCGUUCCUGAGGGACAGAGACUGUUUGAAUUUCGCCGAGGGAUGAAAAGAUAUGUUAGCAUCAGCUCAUUAUCCUUCAGCGCAGACGCCCAGUUCCUGUGCGCCUCCAGUAACACUGAGACCGUCCAUAUAUUUAAACUGGAGCAGCACAGCCCCAGUCAAGAUGAGGAGUCCCCCACAUGGUCAGCCUACAUGGGUAAAAUGUUCUCGGCAGCCAGCACCUACCUGCCCUCCCAGGUGUCCGACAUGAUGCAUCAGGACCGAGCCUUCGCCACGGUGCGCCUAAACAUGUUUGGCCUGAAGAACAUCUGCGCCCUGGCUACGAUUCAGAAGCUCCCCCGCCUGCUGGUAGCGUCCUCAGACGGGUGUCUCUACAUCUAUAAUGUGGAUCCACAGGAUGGAGGAGAGUGUGUUCUGGUCCAAAAACACAGGCUGUUUGAGUCCGGUGAGGAGCAGGUAGAGGAGAAGGAAGAGGAGGAUCCAGAGGACGGUUCUCCACCACCAACCAGCCAAUCAUACGCUGCCACUGUGGCUCUCCCUUCAACCCCGCCCUCCUCCACCACACUCAUGGGUACAGUAUACUUAUCAUAAACUCAAAACCGUGUUACUCCCUAUAUACCAUACUGUGAGUGAUUCGCAUUAUUCUAUCUCUUAUAUUCUGUGUGUUUAACUUCAACUUGUUUGACAACUCCUGAAAACCUGUUUUAAACAUAAAGCUGUUUUGCUAAAGUUAUUAAAAGUGAGAAAGAGGUUUUCUUAAAAUGAGCUUGUCUCAUUUCACUCUUCAAUAACUUCUCACUUCUCCUAAAUCAGGCAGAUGUUAUGUAAAUAACAUUUUAUUCAGGUUCAGUAUACUUCUAUUAUUUUAGUGUUUUUUCAAAAUAAUUGCUUUAUUUCUAGCAAGUAAU